AAUCGAGCGGUCAGUUAACGCUCAACACUCGGACAGACAACAAGUCAAACUUAAACUCUUCACAAAUCUUCAAUAAAACUAACAACAAUUAAAGUGAAAUUAACCAUCAUGAAGGGUUGCACCCCAAACAUGGUUAAAUACUUAUUAUUUAUUUUUAAUUUAGUUUUUGCCAUCUCUGGCAUUGGUUUAGUUGUGGCUGGGUCAAUUGUCCUGGCAGAUGUCGCUGAAUACUCGCAUUUCAUGGAAAGUCGAAUAAUAGCGCCACCUAUUGUCUUGAUAGUCGCAGGCGCGAUCAUUUUCAUCGUCGCGUUCCUCGGUUGUUACGGAGCCAUCCGAGAGAAUUACUACCUUCUCAUUGCUUUUGCUGUGUUUUUAUUAAUCAUCUUCAUCGUUGAAUUGGCGGUGGGUAUCGCCGCAGCUGUCUACAAAAGUGACUUUCAAAUGAUUCUCAAGGACUCUCUACGUUCAUCAAUGGGGAAAUAUCACGAGAGUAAAACUGAUCGUCUUGCAUGGGAUAAGAUACAAACCAAAUUGGAGUGUUGCGGAGUGGAGGCACCGACAGACUGGCCUGAAAAACGUCGUCCGUACACAUGUUGCCAUGCAAUCCGUGAUAAUGUCGAUCCGCCGGAAGAUUUCCACUGCCAGAGUGCGUCGGCUGGUGAUGAGAUACUCUACUCCGAUGGGUGCUUCGACAAGCUGCAGAUGAAAGCCGACAGCAACGCGAAAAUACUGAUUGGCGUCGGUUUGGGCAUCGCAUUCUUACAGAUAACCGGUAUUCUUCUGAUUGCUUUUGGUGGAAUUGUCCUUCAUGCGUCCAUGAGCGCCAUCGAGAUCACCGACAAUGACGUCCGAUACGUCCCGUCUAUUAUCCUGAUUGUCGCCGGCAUUGUCAUCUUCGUGAUUGCUUUUUUGGGCUGUUUUGGUGCUAUCCGGGAAUCGUAUGGGAUGUUAAUGACGUUCGCCGUUUUCUUGCUAAUCAUCUUCAUCGUCGAGCUGGCGAUCGGCAUCGCAGUCGCCGUCAACAAGGAUCAAUUGAAUCAGGAAUCAUUUCGGGAACAUUUCAACAGGAAUCUCAACAGUGAGACGGACAGAGCCAAAUUGGACUCGAUUCAAACCUUGUUACAAUGUUGUGGUGUCGAUGGCUACUCCGAUUGGGGCGGUAACCACCCAAAAAGUUGCUGCACCAACGUCCAGCAAGGCACUGGCGGGCAAGACGCACGCUGCACCAGUCUAGACAGCAGUAUGACUUAUGUCUACUCCACCGGCUGCUUCGAGGCGACCAAAAUGAACUUCGAGAAGGGAAAGAAGAUUCUAAUGGGUAUUGGCAUCGGUCUGGCGUUCGUCGAAAUUGUUGGAAUUGUCUUGGCUUGCUGGUUGGCUGCAGUGAUUAAACGUGAGAAAGACGACCCAAAGGACUAGGAUACACCGAAAAACACCGGAGAUAAUCAAAAUGGCGGGUCUAAAGGAGAACUAGCAUUGCUUUUUGUAAAGUUUUGUUGUUUAAAUGCUCGUUAAUAUUAAAAGCGUAAUUUUUUAAGUGUUUUACACCUAAACAACACUAAUAUGUAAAUAUUUACACUGUUUUCUUAAUAUUAUUAACUAAAAACUUCAUAUAUAGUCAUUAGGUAAAUAGGAAUCUGCACAAAGUGAUAAAUAAGUUGCCUAUCAUACAUUCAUAAAAUAUUUGUGGUAAUUAAUACGAUUUUCUUAAGUAUUUUGAUGUCUACAUGUGUAAAACUAAUAAAUAUCAAUAAAAAUGUGUGAAUAUUGU